AUGCUACGCUUUCCAUCAGGAUCCCAGCAACACAACAGCACUAAAAGACAACAACAAACAAUAUCGCAUCAUCGACAGCGCGACAAUACCGAUCCUAUUAAACAUUGGUGGCAACGGCUACGUGCCAAGCUAUCACCACAUUCAUCAAAUUUCCACGGCCUUUCACCUGAUCGACCACCAUUGCCUUUUAUUGAACCGGAUUCUCUAAGCAACAACGACGACACGGGCACAAAAGCUGUCAUCGGCACUAGUACCCGGCAACCCAUUGCUGUCACUACACGACGAGUAGGAUCUUCCCAGCGGGUAUCCUCCCUUUCACCUGCCAACAAACGAUCCAUUGAGCUCACAUCCAAACACCACGACGACGAAAGAAGACGCACUACCGCAGCAGAGUUAUACACCAUUCUCGAAGAAAGCGAGACCGUCAAAUCCGAAUCCACUCAUUCAACUUUACCACAACCACGUCUAUCGCGUUCAUCAGUUGAUUACAACAACGAGGACAAGGAAAUGAAGCCUAUCUCAUCAACUACCAUGGAUACCAAUCACUCAAUUGAACAACACGAUAAGGAGCAUCAAGAUCAUCCCUCAUCACCAUCAUCAUCUGCAGUCGAAUCGUCAUACGAGCCAUCUUCUUUAUUCCUUUCCUCGAAACAACAAAAAAGUGAUGCAUCUCGAUUUCCUCCAGAGCUGGUUGGUGAUGAAGACCAAUGUCGCCAUAAAUUUGCCAAAAUGGUGAAAUCAGCAUAUCGACGGCAGUUGGAAAGGCAAAAGGAGUACUCUGGUACCAGCAACAUACCUCGUGAUAUCGAAAUCCUGUUUGAUGACAAGAGCAAUAUCGAAUGGAUACGAUUCUCAAUCAGGGGGGAUACCGAACAGCACCGAUUUUGUGGCAACGCCCAGUUCAUUCCACCAGAAAUGUCAAUUGCCCAUGGUCCCCCAUCGCAGCAAUCACUUGUCGAUGUAUGGAUUCUUGGUGUCAGCCUCUAUCGUAUGCUUGUAGGCAAGUUCCCUUUUAAUGCUGCCAAUGACCGUCAAAUGUUCAAAAAGAUGCUCCAUGCCGGGUUCAGCGUUCCUCCAGACUUAUCGUCAGAUGUCAAGGACUUGUUACGUCGAAUGCUUGCUCCUGACACAACGCGUGCAUCCUUGGACUUAGUCUUGUAUCACCCUUGGCUAAAGCCAUGCAAGAUCGACGUGUCAACCAUUGCACAGGCACAUGACAACAAUGCUAUGGCGAUCAGCAGCAGCAACACUCCUCCAGUAUCCCCUGCACAAGAAUCAAAUCCACCCACAGCAACCGUUGCGUCGAAACGUCAAUCGCAUCAGACAACCGAAUCAUCAAAGAGAAAUUCCCUUACACGUGCAUUGCGUCAAGCAUUCAUGGUGCUUGUAGAAGGACCCUAUCCACCACCCAAGCGUCCUUAUCAAGAUCUAACCAACAAUCCAAUUUCACAACCUGCCAUCCAAGUCUAG